GGACAAACGUCAGACUAACGUUCAUAAACUGACUUGUGUUUUUUGGUGGUAAACAAUACGGACUUGUGUAUAGCUGGCUAGCUUCUUAGCUAGGAAAUGAAUAGGGCAUUGUUCGCUGUUAGGCUUUUUGUGUCACUGAGACGUAGUGUGAGUUAUUCUGCUGCGUGUUGUCAGGUGGUGACCAACCCUCAGGAAAUUGCCAGGCUUUACAGAGAACUCAGUCUCUUCCCUUCUCUGAGCAGAGCAGAUACGGGACCUGUCAUCACCUCCCAGUAUGGUGGCAAAUACAGCAACAUCUACACAGAAUGGAGCCAGCGUGAUCUGGAGAGGAAUGAGAAUGUCAAGUACUGCCGACAGUACAUUGUCUUCCACGAUGACAAGUCGGUGGUUUUCUCUGGUACCUCAGGAAACUGCACUGAGAUUAAGGGAGAGUUGCUAAGUAAGGACUCCCCUUCGGGUGAAAUGAAGGCUGUCGUUAGAGAGUGCACAAUCAAAGGAGAGGAUAAGCAGUUUCUGGAGAUCUGGAGUAAAAACAUCAAAAUGAAGAGCAUCAACCUCACAGCCUUAAAGAAGCAUGGCAAAGUCUAUGACGGUGAGCAGUUUGGCUGCUUGGUUUGGUCCCACUCCGAGACCCACCUCUUGUAUGUGGCAGAAAGAAAGAGACCUAAGGCAGAAUCCUUCUUCCAGACUGAGUCACCUGAGUCGUCUUCUGCUGGGGACGAGGAGGAGGCCAUGAGAGUGGAGAAAAAGGAGACCGCAAAAGGGGAGCAGUUUGCCUUCUAUGAGGACUGGGGAGAGGCACUUGUUGGCAAGAGCUGUCCAGUGCUUUGUGUUUUGGACAUUGAGGGAGACAACGUCUCUGUGUUGGAAGGAGUGCCUGAAAAUAUCUCACCUGGGCAGGCAUUUUGGGCUCCAGGUGACACAGGUGUGGUGUUUGUAGGCUGGUGGCAUGAGCCUUUUAGACUUGGCCUCAAGUACUGCCCCAACAGAAGGUCUUCUUUGUUCUAUGUGGAUCUUACCGGUGGGAAAUGUGAGCAGCUGUCAUCGGGCACAAGCGCAGUGUGCUCCCCCAGGCUGAGCCCAGACCAGUGUCGGAUCGUCUACCUGGAAUGUUCUGUCUAUGGACCACACAUGCAGUGCAGCAGGCUCUGUAUGUAUGACUGGUAUACUAAGAAGACCUCAGUGGUGGUGGAUGUUGUGAAGCGUCCUGGAGAAGAUAGCUUUACUGGAAUCUACAGCUCUCAGUUGUCACCGCAGUGCUGGUCAGCUGAUAGUCAACGUGUAAUUGUUGCCUGUCCUCAGCGCAGCCGCAAGGACAUUUUGAUGGUGGAUAUAAGCACAGGAAGCAUCACCUCUCUGACUUCAAAGUCUGAUGUUGGUAACUGGUGUCUGCUGAACAUAGAGAGAGAUCUGAUGGUGGUCAGCUGCUCCUCUCCUAACUGCCCUCCAAGUUUGAGGGUGGGCUUCCUUCCGCCCAGGGAUUCUCAGGAGGAAGUGGUCUGGGUUACUUUGGAAGAGUCUCAGAUGUUGCCAGAUAUUGAUUGGCAGAUCUUGACUUUCACCCCUCCACCAGAGCAAGACAACAAACAAUACCCUGGCCUUGAUUUUGAUGCUUUGUUGAUCAAACCAAAGGAGGUUAAGGACGGAGUGAAGCUGCCUCUUAUUGUCAGUCCACAUGGGGGUCCUCACUCAGUGAUUGUUGCUGACUGGCUUCUGUCUUCGUCUGUGCUUUGCAGGAUGGGCUUUGCUAUAUUACUGGUGAACUAUCGUGGUUCUAUCGGGUACGGCCAGGACAGUAUCCUCUCACUACCUGGCAAUGUUGGCACCCAAGAUGUCAAAGAUGUUCAAUUUGCGGUUGAAAGUGUUCUGAAAGGCGGCGAGUUCGACAUGCAGAAGGUGGCCAUUUCUGGGGGCUCCCACGGUGGUUUCCUGGCCUGUCAUCUGAUUGGCCAGUACCCAGGGUUCUACAAGGCCUGUGUGGCUCGCAACCCCGUCAUCAAUUUGGCAUCUAUGAUCGGCAGCACAGACAUCCCAGACUGGUGCAUGGUUGAGGCUGGCUAUGACUACAGUACAGACUGUCUACCUGACCCUGCUGUUUGGGAACAAAUGCUGAACAAGUCCCCCAUUAAACACGUUUCACAGGUACAGACACCAGUCUUGCUUACCUUAGGGGAAGAUGACAAGCGUGUACCUAACAAGCAAGGAAUUGAAUAUUACAGAGCUCUAAAAGCAAAGAAGGUCCCAGUCCGGUUGCUGUGGUACCCAGGGAACAAUCACUCACUCUCCAAGGUGGAUGCUGAGUCUGAUGGCUUUAUGAACAUCGCUCUGUGGAUGAUUCAACACUUGUGUCAGUGAUGUGUGUGGCAAAUAAUCCAAGAAAUACAUGGUAGUCUGCAAAUGCUGUGGUUGCCCCCAGGAAACACUACACUACAGCGUGUAAGGGAUGUCCCGCCACUGUUUCCAGGACAGCGCGAGGUCCAAUCCAAAGCCAAAGUGCUCUCCAAUCAGAACACACUUUGUAUAACUGUAUUUGUAAUCUAUCUGUGGCUAUGUUGAUUGCCAAAAAUACCUCCAUAAUUGUUUUAACACUUGAAUAAAAUCAGUUUUGAUUCAUCAUAAAAACACAUUUUAUUGAUUGUUUUUUUUUCUUCUGCAGUCUGUACAUACACACAGAAAAUAAAGGGCUUUUCAGUGUGUUAGUUGUGUUUAAGGUUAUAUUAACAAAGGAAAUUAGUUUCAUAAUCAGCCUUUUUCUCACUUUUACUUUUUUUGCUCACUAUUACUGUUUGUUUUUUCAUACUACAGUGCACUUAAUAAACUAUUGU